CCGAUCGGAACAGCCCUCGGCAAGAAACUAGCAGACUUAUAGGGGAAAAUCCAACAGGUGUUUGACAGAGAGACGUCGGGUUAUACACAGAAAAUGCAGUGGCUGCUGGUGACGUUGGUUGUCCUGCAGAUCUACAUUCGGGCGCGAGGUGGCGCCAGUGCAGGACCAGUCGAAAGAGAGGCCUGUCCGGGUGGAAACUGCGACUCCAGCUACAGUUUCAACAAUGAUGACGUUCUCAUCCGCAAGCAGCGUUACAGCUCUAGCGGCCCCGGCGGGGGCCCAGGCGGCACCCGUACGGACUCAGACCGGGACGACGACUCCGACGGCGUGCAGAUAGAGACGUUGGAGUGGGACGAAGAUGACGUCACCGAUGGAGCUCACUUUCACGACCAAUCAGAUAUCUACAAAGCAGCGCUAUUACACACCAACCCCGAAGACGAUCAGCCCGUGCAGAAGCCCCCUCUAGCGGAAAAUGACCUACCUGCAGAUGAUGAAAACCCAGUGGGGGAAGAUUUGGACAAGUUCAAGGCUCGCAGUGCUCCAAUGGCAGAGGACAAAGUACCUUCAGACGAUUCAACUGGCACAAAUGAAGACAGUGAUGAUGAAGAAAAAACAAUCACGUCUAAGGAAUCAGAAGACGAGGGAUCGUCUCAAAACAAGGAUGUUGAACCAAAGAAAAAGAAGAGAAAAUCAGGAAAAAGAAACCAUGAUGACUUCAGAGGUCUCCACUUCCACAGAAUGUCUAGCCUGUACCAAACUGUCAUGACCAAGGGGGAGUUAGAAGAGGAAGAAGAAGAGGUCAAAGGGUCAGAGGUUACAGGUCAGAGCAAUGAGGAAGGUCAAGAUGAUAACCUUGACGAUGAAGACCUUGACCUUGAAGGAAGCAAAAAUGGUGAUGAAAUAGACAAGGAUAAAGAUAAUGAAAAUGGACCGGAAGAUGCAGAGGAUCAUACCGACACCACUGAUGAUGAAGACAAAGACUUGAAUGUCGAAGAAAAAUCGUCGGAUGGAUCGGAAGACAAGGAAUCAUCCCAGAACAAGGAUUUAGAACCAAAGAAAAAAAGGCGUAAGAGAGACACUGGGAAAAGAAACCAUGACGACUUCAGAGGUCUCCACUUUCACAGGAUGUCCAGCUUGUACCAAACUAUCAUGACCAAAGGGGAGUUAGAAGAGGAAGAAGAAGAGGUCAAAGGGUCAGAGUUUGAAGGUCAGGACAAUGAUGAACUCCAGCAGGAUGACAAAGAGAGUGAAACGACUGAUGAAGACAACGAUGGACCAUGUGGACACGAGUGUACGGAUGAAAACUGUCCAUUUUGUAAAGGAGAAAAGCAAGAAACUUCAGAAGAUAAGACAGAUGAAGCUUUCGAAGAGGAAGGCACAGUGGAGGAUGGUGGAGGAGAAAAGAACAGUGGGGGUGAUGGUGGAGGGGCUAAGAGCAAUGGGGAGGAUGAUGGAAGAGCUAAGAAUAAUGUUGGGGAGGUGACUGACAAGGAAACCGACCAACAACAUUCGGAAGAAAAACUUGAUGAAGAACAAGACCAGAACAAAGACGAACACGAAACAGAAUCGGUUGAAGACGAUACGCCAAUAAACGUUAAAGACUACAUUUCCAGGAUGUUGGUUAAGUAUCGGGACGAGCGAUUGGUUCAUACACACACGGACGACCCUUGAGGAGUUGAGACACAAACUCACCUCUCGCCCUGGCUUUGUAACAUUACAGAAAUAUGGACAUACUCGUUGUUUUUAAAGGAAGAGAUUACGUAAGAACAAGAUAAUCAUUGUAUAUUGUGUUAAGCAUUGCUGGCUGAGGGCAAGGAAUUGCUAGAUAUUUUUCAAAGGUCAUUUAAUAUAAUCACUUGGCUCUAGCCUGAAUGCCAUGGCUAGUUUGUGCUAUGGUCCCAUUUGGAAAAAGCACCCCCAAUGUACCAGGUUAGUUAUAUUGGGGCAAGGCUAAGCCCCUGGAUUCUUUAAACUUGCAGUUAAAAUCAACUGGCGACAAAUAGAUCUCGUGACCUACCGGUGAAAAUACCAAGAAGAGGUACCUCACUAGUAUCCAGCAGUCCAUUUGGACAAAUUUGUGGCUUUGUAGCAAGUCUGGGGCAAUAUCCGCUGCAUGAACUGGUGCAAAUGGGACUGUAGUACAAUAAACUCAACUAGGAUGGCACCCAUGCUCUCUCCAGCUCUUAACUGCCCAUUUCAUUUUUGUUAUGGAGUCAGGAUCUGUACUGAGUUCUAUUAUGACAAAUGAGAAGAACACCAUUUCCUGCAUAUUGCUGAGCAAAUCAUACACAAAUGGUUUCGUGGCACUUUUGACAACAGUUUUAUUUUUGUCUGUCAAUGGGCAUGGAGAUUUUUGUUUGUUUCAAGCAGCAAAGUUCUGUCCAAGAAGAAAAGAUUAAAGCAAGAUAAAGCCCAGGGCUUCAAUGUUAAACUGAAUUUUGCAAAGAUAUGAAAAAUACAGCUGCAGUAGAAUCACCAAUACUUAUUAGGUGUGCAAUGUAAUAAUAAGUAUACAUAAAAUAAGUAACAUACAGAGGCAACCUUUUUCUUUUACAGGGCUUUUAUACA